AUGACCUCAAUUGCCACUGUACACGAGCUACAAAAGUCUAUUGAGUCCAACUUAUUGAACAGAAUGGCUGAUUUUGAGAAGCAACUCCAUGCAGCAUCAAGGGAGCCAAUGACUGUUGCUCGGCUCGCUGAGGACUUUAAGUCUUUUAAAACACAUGUCUCAGGCAUCUUGCAAUUGCUUCAUGAACAGAUGAACGAGCUCACUAAGUCCUUUGAUGAAGUUGAAAUGCGGCACCGUCGGAAAUAUCUAUUGUUUGGCGGCAUUCCAGAGUCCGAUAAUAAUGGCAAGGAUGAUGUGGUGGCCUCUGUUUCUUCUAUUAUUUCCAAUAAUCUGGGGAUUGACGGAAUCACCCCAUCUUCAUUUAAAGCUUGCCACAGGAUGGGCCAGAGAAGGGAUGGCCGGCCUCGACCAAUCUUGGUACGGUUUGUAGAAUAUUCCCUUAAGUCAUCGAUUUGGCGUAAGAAGACUGCACUCAAAGGAACAUCUUUUGUGAUUUCGGAAUUUCUUACACGCAGACGGCAGGCACUCUUCAUGGAAGCACGCAAAAGAUUCGGGAUCACCAAAUGUUGGUGUCAGGAAGGCAAUAUAUUUGUUAAACCUCCAAAUGGUAGACCUCGAUUAAUAAGCACUGCUAAUGAUAUUGAGCUGGCCGGUGAAGCAUUCAAGAUCCCAAAUGUCCAAAAAUCGCCACUACCUAUGGAGCGUGCUGAUAAUAGGUCUGACAAGGCGGGCACUUCGAACAGUGAUAAGCAGCGGCCUAAAAGGGCGGUGAAAGUAAAAUAG